AUGGUUCAUCAUCUCAAAUUUUCAGAUCUUCAGGUGCCCUCGCCCGGCUUUGGUGCGAUGGGCUUGAACUUCGGACUAGGCAGCAAUCUCACUCUCGAGCAAGCCGAACCCGUUUUGCUGAAAGCCAUCGAACUUGGCUGCACAUUCUGGGAUACGGCGGUCGUCUACAGCGCCGGUAUCAACGAACAACUCCUGGGAGAGUUUUUGCGCAAACACAAGGUUCGCGACCAGGUAUUCAUCGCUUCGAAGUGUGGCAUAAACUGCUUCGACGGCAAGAGUGGCGUGGACAAUUCUCCAGCUCACAUCGCAAGCUACAUGGAAGGUACCAUUCAGCGCCUCGGUUUCACGCCUGAUCUCUACUACCUUCAUCGCAUCGAUCCCAACACGCCGCUCGAGCAGUCCAUCCCAGCCCUCGACAAGUUGAGACAGACUGGCAAGACAAAAUACAUUGGCCUCUCCGAAUGCUCGGCUGGGACGCUGCGAAAGGCCAACUCGAUCGCACGCAUCGAUGCUGUGCAAGCAGAGUACUCUGCGUUCGAGACCCUCCACGAGACAGACGGCCUCAUCGAUACCGCCAGGGAGCUCGACAUCGCCUACGUAGCCUACAGCCCCCUGGGUCAUGGCUGGCUCGUCGACGAUUUCAAGUACGCAUCGCCUGACGAUUUUGCACCCGAUGAUUUUAGGAGAACCGUCCCCAAGUUCCAGGGCGAAAACUUUUUUAAGAACAAGGCCAUCGUCGUCAAGAUCCAGGAGCUCGCCAAGAAGAAAGGCUGCACAACUCCUCAGGUCGCCCUGGCAUGGGUCGCCCGUCAGGGUUUCAUCGCCAUUCCUGGCACCACGAGAGCUGAGCGCCUCGUUGAAAAUUUCAGCAGCAGAGACGUCGAGCUGAGCGGCGAGGAGUCGGCAGAACUUCGACGCAUCAUUGACGAUGCUAAGCCGCACGGCAACAGGUACUCGGCUGCUGCACAGGCAAUGGUGGGACAUUGA